GUCAGUCGCGCAUUAACACGGAGGAAAGACACACUGAAAAGAGACACGUAUUUUAUUACGGAAUAUUUAGAUUUGAUUCACUACGUGCAAUGUACAGGAUGACGAAACUUCAAUACUGCCUAAAUAUCGUAUUAAUAUUUUAUUCCGGUUUAUUUAUAACGCCAGGAUUUUCGACUAACAAUACUGGCAAUACCAGGUUAUAUCAUGGAGCAAAUCUGGUACCAAACGAAUACCAGGAUACUUUUACAGAAGCAAAAGCCAAUGAUACGAAAUUACGAUUUGUCAGCGCGAUAUUCAGACACGGCGAUCGUACACCAGAGGACAAAGAAACUUAUCCAAAUGAUCCCUACAAAAAUGAAGAGUAUUAUCCAACUGGCCGCGGUCAAUUAACUAAUGCUGGUAAGAAAAGAUCGUAUGAGUUAGGAUUACUACUGAGAAAACUGUACGACCAUUUUCUCGGCACUACGUACUAUCACCCGUAUGUCUAUGCACGUUCCACGUUCAUUAUUAGAUGCGGGAUGACCCUACAAUUAGUGCUCGCUGCACUUUUUCCGCCUAAUAACAUGCAACAAUGGAAUCAUCAGCUGCUUUGGCAGCCGACGUAUAUGAGAUAUAGCUCUUUAAACGAGGAUACUCUAAUGAUGUCAUUUACAUUCCCUGCAUAUAAAGCAGCUUUCAAAAAAGUGUUAAACUCUACGGAAGUAUUAGAAAAAAUAGAAAAAUAUCGUGAUCUAAUGGAAAAAGUGUCGGCGUAUGCAGGAAGUAAUAUUACUGAUCUAUAUCAGCUUGUGAUAGUGCGUUUUGUUAUAAAUAUUCAAUUAUCUAUGGGACUGGUGUUACCCAAAGCAGCGCAUAUCUUAUAUGCAAACAAAGAAUUUUUUGAAGCGACACGUCUAGCUUAUGACCUAUUUGCCUACAAUGAGGAACUUAUCAGACUCAGUGGAGGUACAUUAUUACAACAAAUAACCGAGGACAUGAAUGAAGUGAUCAAUGGAACAACAAAUCGAAAGAUCAAUCUCUUCUCCGGACAUGACAUUAAUGUGGUCGCGAUACUGCGGGCUCUGCAUAUAAAAAAUGAGAUUUACAGUAUGCCAAACUUUACGAGUAGUGUUAUUUUGGAAUUGCAUGAAUGGAAAGACAUGUAUUUUGUCAAAGUAUUAUAUUAUUGGGGUAUUCCGGCGAAAGUAGAAACGCUCUCCAUUCCAGGCUGCACAUUAUUAUGCCCGUAUGACAGAUUUCUUAAUUUAAUAUCGACGACAAUAGCAACAGAUGCAAAUCUGAUAAGUCUGUUGCAUUUGGAAAAAGAUGCGUCUGCAUACGUGUACGUAUUCUAUCGUGGAACAUUUAGAUUUGAUUCACUACAUACAAUCUACAGGAUGACGGAACUUCAAUACUACCUGAACAUCGUAUUAAUAAUAUUUUAUUCCAAUUUAUUAAUAACGGAACAGAACGAGAAAGAAUUUUUGAUUACUAAUAAUAUCAGCUUAUAUCAGGCAGCAGACGAAUACCAGGACUUUCACAAUUUUACUUUUGUAGAAGCAAAAGCUAGUCAGACGACAUUACAAUUUGUCAGCAUGAUAUUCAGACACGGCGAUCGUACACCAGAUAACAGAGAAACUUAUCCAAAUGAUCCCUACAAAGAUGAGAAGUUUUAUCCAACUGGCCGCGGCGAAUUAACUAAUGCUGGUAAGAAAAGAUCGUAUGAGUUAGGACUGCUACUGAGAAAACUGUACAACCAUUUUCUCGGCACUACGUACUAUCAACCGCAUAUCUACGCACGUUCCACGUUCGUUACUAGAUGCAAGAUGACCCUGCAAUUAGUGCUCGCUGCACUUUUUCCGCCUAAUAACAUGCAACAAUGGAAUCAUGCGCUGCUUUGGCAGCCGAUGAAUGUGAGAUAUGCCUCUUUACACGAAGAUAUUCUAAUGGUGUCAUUUAGAUUCCCUAUAUAUGAAGCAACUUUCAAAAAAAUGUUAAACUCUUUGGAAAUAAUAGCAAAAACAGAAAAAUAUCGUGAUUUAAUGGAAAAAGUGUCGGUGUAUGCAGGCACUAAUAUUACUACUCUAUUUGAUCUUUUGAUAGUGCACAUGGCUAUACAUUUGCAAUUAUCUAUGAAACUGGAGAUACCCGAAACAGCGCGUAUGUUAUAUAACAACACACAAUUUUCGGAAGCGAGCCGUCUAGCUUUUGACCUAUUAGCCUACAAUGAGGAACUUACCAGACUUAAUGGAGGUGUCUUAUUACGGCAAAUAAUCGACGACAUGAAUAAAGUGAUCAAUGGAACAUUAAAAAAUCGAAAGAUCAAUCUCUUCUCCGGACAUGACAUUAAUGUAUUCGCGAUACUGCGUACUCUGCAUAUAAAAAAUGAGAUUUACAGUACGCCAAACUUUACGAGUGGCGUUAUUUUUGAAUUGCGUGAAUGGAAGGGCAAGUAUUUUGUCAAAGUAUUAUAUUACUGGGGUAUUCCGGCGAAAGUAGAAACGCUUUCCAUUCCGGGCUGCACAUUAUUAUGCCCGUACGACAAAUUUCUUAAUUUAACAUCGACGACGGUAGCAACAGAUGCAGAUUUGACAGGUUCAUUACAUUUGAAAGAAGAUGAGUAUACAUACUGAACUGCUGAACACUUGAGAAAUGUAAAGUCUUCGCAAGAAUUUUAUAUAUAUAACAUUGUUUUAAAUUCUAUAUAACUUUGCCGAAUUAAUUA